AUGGAGUCAAAUUCGUCAUCUAAUCACGCUCUACUUUCGUUGGUUGCAUUUGGAACUUUUUUUCUCCAUCAAAGCCAUUAUGAGUCUCUCAAAUUCCGUCAUCUAAUCACGCUCUACUUUCGUUGGUUGCUUUUGGAACUCUUUUCCCUCCAUCAAAGCCAUUAUGAGUCUCUCAAAUUCCGUCAUCUAAACUUUCGUUGGUUGCCUUUGGAACUCUUUUCCCUCCAUCAAAAGCCAUUAAUCACGUCAUCUAAUCACGCUCUUUCCCAUUAUGAGUCUCUCAAAUUCCGUCAUCUAAUCACGCUCUACUUUCGUUGGUUGCCUUUGGAACUCUUUUCUUUUUCAAAGGAGUCUCUUUUUCAUCCUCCAUCAAACUCUUUUCCCUCCAUCAAAGCCCAUUCUACUUUCCCAUUAUUCUCUCAAAUUCCGUCAUCUAAUCACGCUCUACUUUCGUUUGGUUCUUUUGAACUCCUCCAUCAAAGCCAUUAUGAGUCUCUCAAAUUCCGUCAUCUAAUCACGCUCUACUUUCGUUGGUUGCCUUUGGAACUCUUUUCCCUCCAUCAAAGCCAUUAUGAGUCUCUCAAAUUCCGUCAUCUAAUCACGCUCUACUUUCGUUGGUUGCCUUUGCUUUUUCCCUCCAUUUGGAAUUCCGUCAUUAAUCACGCUUCGUUGGUUGCCUUUGGAACUCUUUUUCCCCUCCAUCAAAGCCAUUAUGAGUCUCUCUACUUUCGUUGGUUCACGCACUCUUUUCCCUCCAUCAAAGCCAUUAUGAGUCUUCAAAAACUUUCGUUUUCCCUCCAUCAAAGCCAUUCAGUCUCUCAAAUUCCCCAUUAUGAGUCUCUCAAAUUCCGUCAUCUAAUCACGCUCUACUUUCGUUGGUUGCCUUUGGAACUCUUUUCCCUCCAUCAAAGCCAUUAUGAGUCUCUCAAAUUCCGUCAUCUAAUCACGCUCUACUUUCGUUGGUUGCCUUUUGAACUCUUUUCCCUCCAUCAAAGCCAUUAUGAGUCUCUCAAAUUCCGUCAUCUAAUCACGCUCAUCACUUUCGUUGGUUGCCUUUGGAACUCUUUUCCCUCCAUCAAAGCCAUUAUGUCUCUCAAAUUCCGUCAUCUAAUCACGCUCUACUUUCGUUGGUUGCCUUUGGAACUCUUUUCCCUCCAUCAAAGCCAUUAUGAGUCUCUCAAAUUCCGUCAUCUAAUCACGCUCUACUUUCGUUGGUUGCCUUUGGAACUCUUUUUCCUCCAUCAAAGCCAUUAUGAGUCUCUCAAAUUCCGUCAUCUAAUCACGCUCUACUUUCGUUGGUUGCCUUUGGAACUCUUUUCCCUCCAUCAAAGCCAUUAUGAGUCUCUCAAAUUCCGUCAUCUAAUCACGCUCUACUUUCUUUUGGUUGCCUUUGGAACUCUUUUUCCCUCCAUCAAAGCCAUUAUGAGUCUCUCAAAUUCCGUCAUCUAA